AUGAGCCACCACAGCACCAGCAGCUCGGCUGAAAGGGCCAGGACCAUGCUGUGGGGCUGCGAGCUGAGUCACGAGAAGCGGACCUGCACCUUCAAACCGCAGGGGGAGAGGAAGGAGUGCUGCCGGCUGUCGCUCAGCGCGAUUUGCCUGGGGGAAAAAGCCAAAGAGGAAGUCAACCGGGUGGAGAUCCUGCCAGGAUCCAGCCAGGAAGACAGGAAGGCACACCCCGUCACCAUCGCCUCGCUGAAGGCCUCGGUGCUGCCCAUGGUCACCAUGACGGGAGUGGAGCUUUCUCCCCCAGUCACGUUUCAGCUCCGGGCUGGCUCGGGACCUGUGUUCCUCAGUGGCCAGGAAUGCUAUGAGAUUUCAGACCUGCCCUGGGAAGAAGAGGAGGAGGAGGAGGAAGAGGAGGAGGAGGAGGAGGAAGAGGAGGAUGACGACGAUGAGGACGAUGUAGAAGUGUCUCUAGAAGACACCCCUGUCAAACAAGCCAAAAGACAGGCGACCCAGAAGAAGAUGAGUGUGGCUAAGAAAAAAAGGCUAGAAAAAGAAGAGGAGGAAGAGGCAAUGAGGUUCAGCCCUCAAGAUAGAAGCCUGGGCAAAAAGGCCAAAUCCACGCCCAAACCUAAGAAGGCGGUGUGCAAGAAAUGAGGAGCCAUGGGGUGUCUUCCGGUGUCCCAGGGAGGGUGUCGCCCAGCUCUUCUGUGUCGCCCACCUGGGCCCUUCACCUGUUUCUAAAUGUGACAGGGUGU